AUGAACUCACUUUGGCUCAUUCUCCUCCUUAGCACUCUCAGCGUCCUUUCUGCGGCCUUUGCCCAAAACUGUCCGCUGGAGUUGACCCCAAUUCUCCCUCAAAACUCGGACUUCAACAAAGCUUGUUCUUCCGAAUCUGCCUCCAAGUGGGAGACGAGAAAAGACGUGAAAGUAACUCCUAUCGUCAAAGAUGGUUUCUUGACCGACUUUACCUUUGCCGACAUUACUAAGGAUUAUUAUGUCAAUUAUAUGGAAGCAGGCGUAGGCUUGCGGUACCAGUUCCGCAAUAGUGAUGACUGUUUUGAUCUAGCCUGGGACAUAAAUAGCGAGAGGGGCCAGUAUUGGAAGUUGAGCGGAGCUGUGGCAAAUGGCGGAGAGGAGUUAUUUGAUACAAGCAAAAGCCGUGGCGGUGGUGUCAAGGUUUGCGAUCGUUAUGUUGAUCUUUGGUUGGAGAAGUAUUGA